CCGGCCGAGGCGCGGCGGGGUCAGGCUGGGGGACGAGGCCGGCGCUGAGCGCCUCGCCCCAGACCCCCGCCCGCCGGCCCAGCCUCCUGCGGCCCGGCUCCGAGACCUCUGGGGUACCCCGAACCCAUGGGCCGUGCCGGGUCCCUCGCCAGAGACGCCACCCAGCAAUGGCUUGGCAGGGGACACGCUGUUCGAAAUAGCACAUGCCACUGACACCCUGUCUGGACCCGUCAUGGCAGGUUCAGGCAGCACGUGGCCCUCGCGCAAGCAGCUGUUCAAGGCCCUCCUGCUGGUCCUCGUGGCCCUCGUCCUCCUCCACUCAGCGUCGUCCGAGCCCUCCCAGGACUUCGUGCCGCCCGGCAGGCAGAAGAGAGAGGCCCCCGCUGACCUCCUGAGCCAGAUGGGCCGGGCCGUGCGGGGGACGCUGGAUGCCUGGAUCGGGCCGGAGACCAUGCACCUGGUCUCUGAGACCACGGCUCAGGUGCUGGGGACCAUCUCCUCCUGCCUCUCCGUGGGCUUCUUCGCUCUGUCGGGCAUCGCCGCCCAGCUGCUGAACGCCUUGGGGCUGGAUGGUGAGUGGCAGGGACUGGUGGGUCAGCUGGAGCCUAGCCCGUCACUUCCUGGUGGUGGGAGCUUCUCUUUUCAGGGUCUAAACUCUCCCCCAGCCUCCUGCCCCCUCCCAGGGUUCCCCAGAGGCCAGCUUAAUAGCAGGCCAGAGACCGCCGCCCCCUGCCGGUCAGCCUCCUGUCAGAGCAGCGUCCUGCUCAGCCAUAGCAUCUCAUUUAACAGCCCACAAAUUACUCCCAUUUUGUAGAUGAAACUGGCUCAGCCAAGGCCAGGUGGCCUGCCCAGGGUGGCAGGAAGUGGAGCGAGAUUCAGGCUCUGUCCCUACAUCUCUGUGACCCUGUGGGAGGGGAUGUUUUUCACUUUGCAGGGGGU